AUGGCCGAGCCGCCAUGGGGCAAGAGCGGAUGGGUCCAACUUGAAGCAGCGACGGUCACUGGCGUCUCGGUUCUCCGACGCAAGCGCCGGUGGGUGACGCUCGGUGUCGUGCGAGGCCACCCGAUUCUGUAUGUCUCGAAAGCGCCGACGUCGGCGCCUGUCGGAGGCAUCCACCUCGAGGUCGUCACGCACUUGUCCGUCGCCCGGGACGUGUGUCAAAUCGUCCUGACUUCGCCAGGCGCAGAGCCAGUGACCGUGUAUUUGGACACACCGGCAGCCGCCGAAUGGCUCAACGCGCUGCUACAUGUGCAAUCCUUGAGCAGCAUGAGCGGUGCGCCGCAGCAUGUGGCCGAGGAGGCCCAUCGCCUGCUGCACCAGCUCCCAGCCGCCAUCGCCGCCCUCGAUCGAGACACAACGAUGUGGGACAAGUCGACAGUCCACACUGGGGCCACCAUCGACGUCUCGUUGCACCUGCCACCACACAAAUCAGUGGCGGCGCGGAUUCAAAUGGACACUGCUCUAUCGCCCGAUGCAGCCUACGCAGCCCUUAGCAACGCGCUGGACCUCUACGGGCCCUUGGGCUACGUCUUUGGUCAUUCCGCCUGCACGUUGCAUCAGAGCGGUCGCGCCAGUAUUGUCGAAGCCACGUACCGCAUUCGAGGUGCGAAGCCCCGGCGUGCGAUGCUUCUGCAGGCAACGUCUGCGCACAUUAUGGCCGUCGCGUCGCUCCACUGGUCUGCCGGUCGUCGUAUUUCGCUUGCCGCUGACUCCAACUUUGCUCCUGCACGGUAG